AUGUUCCUUCCUAGGGCAGCAGUACUGCAGCCUUCAGGACUCUUCUUCAGCGAUGCUGCGUACUUCCAGACUCAGACAAUAAUGUUGUUUUUGGCAUCUCUUCUCCCAACUGUAUUGGGCAGUGACUGUAAAUUCAUGCAAUUCGACUGUUCUGAUAUCUAUAACUCAGGACAAACUGUCAGUGGGAUUUACACCAUCUAUCCAGCAGGAGACAUUCCUGUCUGGGUUUACUGUGAGAUGAUCUCAGGUGGGUAAGAUGAAGACAACUGAGGAUGGACUGUGUUUCAGAGGAGAAUGGAUGGCAGUGUGAAUUUCUAUCGGCCGUGGGAUCAGUACAAGAGAGGAUUUGGGAAUGUGGAGGGAGAAUACUGGCUGGGCCUGGAGAACAUGUACCAGCUGACACGUAAGACCAAGUACAUGCUGAGAGUGGAUCUGGAGGACUUCACCGGAAGGAAAGGUUUCACUCUGUACUCGUCCUUCUCUGUGGGAUGUGAAUGUGCUGGAUAUCAGCUGCAUGUUUCAGGAUUCAUUGAUGGAGGAGCAGGUGACUCUUUAUCUGGCCAUAAUGGACAGAAGUUCUCCACCUUUGACAAACACUCCUAUGAAAAGAACUGUGCCAAACAGUAUCUUGGGGGAUUUUGGUAUUUAUGGGGAGAAGAUCCCAUCUAUCACGCCAUUGGUGUUGUUUGGUCAACGUGGAAGAAUUACGCAGUCAGUAUGAAAACCUUCAGCAUGAAGAUCAAAUAGGUUUCUUAGAAACAAUACAGUAUAAAUUAAGAGGAACCUUUUCCUGAUUAUUCAAGAGCUUAACAACAAUAUUUCCCCUCUUUGCUGUGUAACUGAGUGAACAUGUGUUGAAUAUUUCUCAUCUAUAUGUAAAGCUGCUUGUGUAGCACAU